GAGAGCCAAAGUAGGAUAGGUGAAGCUGAAGCAGGCAGCCGAGCGUGUUCAGACGUCUUCAGAACCUAGAAGGAGCUGCAGAAGCUUGGAGUCUGAGGCUUGCACAGCCCUUCUCAUCUUCUCCCAGAUGUCUAGCAAGGUGGCCACUGGCAGUGACAUUGGACAGGCCCGAAGGGCAGUGGAGCAACUGCGAAUGGAAGCAGGCAUCAACCGCAUAAAGGUAUCCAAGGCAGCCACAGAUCUGCUGCAGUUCUGCACGGAGCAGGCCAAGAGCGACCCCUUCCUUGUGGGCAUCCCAGCUGCCACCAACCCUUUCAAGGAAAAGAAACCCUGUGCUAUCCUAUGAACUCACAAUAAUGCUACUGCCCUUAUUACCCUGGAUACCACAGGAAGGUCCUCAAUAAAAAUGACAGCUCCUGUGUUGCA